UAUCUUCACCUUGGAUAGCAUGAGUGUUUCGUGUGGCUAGGGCUGCAACGCGAGGCUGGGCACCUCAUUGGCCCAGUGCGGAGCUUGAAAAGGAAGGAUAUGUUAUAUUGCCGCUACUAGGAAGAACUUUGCGACAUACCUCAUUUGCGUUUACACCGGGUAGGGGCGGAAGGCAUACCGACGCGACCCUGCAUGGCUGGCCUGCGCAGAAGACGACAAGGCAAAGAUGAGGAUGGCCUCACGGAAUCACUGCUUCCGGACUAUGACGAGCAGCACGAACAGCGCCUAGAAGCGAAUCGCACUGCAAUAAUCGUCCAUCCUGGGGAGUUCAAUUUCCAGGCCUUCAUCCAGUCCAUCCUCGACUGGUGGAACCGUUUGUUUGGCAGCCUCCUCGCCUAUGCCACGGCUUUCUGGCCACACGGGUCAGCAUGGCAGGCAUGGGGGCAGCCGAUUUCCCUUUUACAGGCGGAAAGAUUACAGCUGCUUCGGGAGAGGGUGGCAGAAAAGUUCAAUAUUGCGAACAGCAACCACCAGGAUGCACUACGCCGGCUGUGGAGCCUGGCAUUUUCGGGCGAGCCGUGCACGGCUCUCAAGUCUGCAAAAUGGAAGGAGAUGGGCUGGCAGGGUGACGAUCCAGCCACGGACUUCCGCGGGGCUGGGAUGUAUGGAUUGGACAACCUGAUCUACCUGGCGGAGGUGCACCCCGAGACGUUCAGGCGUCUGGUUGACAAGACGGAGGGCACUCGAGCGGAGUGGGAGUACCCUUUUGCGGUGGCGGGGCUCAACAUCACCUUCAUGCUUUCCGAGUUGCUGGAGCUGCACACAGCCCAGGGGACGUCUUCUGAUGCGGGUCCCCACACCGCAGCCGGCCGCGGCUUUGUUGCCCUAUUGGAGCAAAGUGACGUGGCGUUUGAGGAGCUGUACUGCGCCACAUACUGCUUGCUGGACGCCACGUGGCUGCAGAUGCGGGCGUCGUACAUGGAGUUCAACACCGUGAUGAAGCGGGUCCGUGCCGAAGUGGAGCGGGCCCUGUCCUCGCGACCACCGAACAUGCAGAUGCUGCGGAAGAAGCUGCUGGGGACGGACGCGCCUCUGGACCUCAACUGACUGCGGUCCCCAAAGGGGCCCCCAUGGCCACAAUGGGAUCAACGGGAGUCCAAUGGACCCGGUGUCUAGGGUAGCUUAGCUACAACGUAAGGCCAAUGGAGGCGGGGUGGCGUGUGUGUGUCGGCCCGGGCUAGGCACUAAGUAGGGGCUUCCUCGGAAUGGUGAACACAUGGUUAUGCUAUGGAAGGUGGGCGAGCAUGGGCAGAGCGUGGACGAUGCGGUCCUCACAGCCCUGGGGCAGUACGCUGCGGAGUGCUGCAGGCAGGAUGCUGCGUGCUUUCGGGACGUAUGUGUUUUUGUGGAACUCCGGAAUCUGGGUCUCCGGGUUGAGGUACAUCUGAAACACAGUAAGGGCCGGGGCCGGGGUUGCGGUAUGUAUCUACGGCGGCUUCGGCUGCUCACUGCGCCUGGCAUGCAGCUGUCUUCGCACUAGGCUCUUGGCAGGGCCGCCGGGAUGCGGACAUGCACAUUUCUUGGCGUGGCAACCGAAUGUCGGACUGUGCAGAUCUUCCGGGCGUAGGGCCAACUGCAGGGUGCCUGGACAGCGCUGCUUCAUUAUUGGAGUGCAUGUCCUCAUGUCCCACGCGAGUGGUCUGGCGCACAACGCUUCUCGCUUCGCACUACAUAACAGUGGUGUCGCCGAAUUAGGUAUCACUGUCGCCUUGGCAGGAGGUGGAGCGGCGCUCGGCGGGACGGCGCAAUGCCGGUCCAACACUGCACCAUCGCCGGGUUCUUAUUUGGUACGGUAACUGUGAGAGGAAAUGCAGAUGUACGUCUGAUGGCUGGGCAGGACCCGAUGCCAGGCAUUGCGUCAAGUGCGGCUCCGGGGUACGUACUUGUCAUGAGCCCAAGCUGGUGUCCAUCGUCCGUUGGAGCACCAAGUGUGCGGUGGUAUUAUGCCAAAAAACAGAGCUGAAAGAGCUCAUAUGGUGAGGUGGAUGCGCGGACAAGUGGAAGAUGGAGGAAGAUGGAGCGCAUUACGUAAAAUGUAUGUGAGUGUUAUCAGGGGGGCUGCACGACCUGGCGCCCAUCUGUGCAAGGCGAGGAACCAGGUGUUGACCUACAUAUGUACGACGAUGUCCGACAUCAAUUGUGAUGAAUGAGCAUAUUGUUAAUCGGUUGAACCUUGCAAGGCGUGCCACAUAACACGAUUUCAAUAAAGAGGCAAAGAGGCAACCUGCGGUACCAGGUGUGUCUGUGACGUGGCUGGUAAAGGACGGCAUAUCAAAAAUGCGCUCGCAAACCGGUUGGCGGUGAUGGUGCUGCGAAGGGUGGUGCACCUGCUUGGCCACACCUUAUUAGGUGGUAAUGAGCGUUGUGUUGGUAGGGGACUGCCUUACCUAUGGCCUGUGCUUUGCUGGGCAUCUAAAUGAUGAUUUUACCUGAGUUGCAGUCGAAAGCGGCACUUUGGAUGCCAACAACCGCUUGGGACGUGGAUGUAGCUGCCAGGCGCCAGGGGUCCGCCCGUGUACAUUAAUGCCCAGUGGCCACGCCAUUGCCAUGUCUCACCCUUGAGCAUUUGUUAGGCUAUUCCCU